GAGAAUUUGAUUGGUGCGUACACAUUUGUGAAGUAGACAACGGUGUGCUGGUAGUGCGAAGAGUUGAAUAUCCCGUUAUAUUUUUCUAAUUAAUUUACCGACAAAGUCAAUAAACUCAAUGGGAAAGGCAGUGACAAGAACAAAAGAAAAAUUCAGUAAAGAAAAGAAGAUGAAAAAAACGUUUUUCAAACAAUAAAAAGAGACGAGCAGAAAAACAGCACAAUUUAUAUGGGACAAAGCGAUAUGUUUUCAUAUCUAUUUUUGGAAGUGAAAAUCAGUUCAAGCGAAUUCUUGGUGUGUCGUUUCUUUAUACGUAUCGUUCCAAGCUUUUUCAUUGUGGAUUUACCGAUAUUGAGAGAACGGAUGGGAGCGAAUUCACCAUCACCAAACAAUGAACUAGUCUAGUAAGGCACCGAGAAAUUUAAAAAGUGAUUUAACCAUCAAAAAUCGGUGUUAAUUGCAACCGAAAUAGAAUUGAUACAAAUCAACAUGCCCAAAACAUUCUGUGAUUUGAAGAAUUUGUGUCGAUUUUCUCUCGAUUGAAUAAUAUGAGCUGAAACGAAAAGAAAUAUAUUUACUCAACAAUGUUUUUUUACGCUCAGUCAAUCAAAUAUUAAUUCCAAGUUUAACCAAAAUUAAAAGGUCUUAUCAAAAAGAAAAUGUUGAGAUAACAUAAAUUAAACUUGAAAACAAAAUCAAAACAUAAUAUCAAAUUAUACAAGUAGUUGAAAUUAAAGUUCUAAUAGUUUAUUAAGUGAUUUAAAAAAAAUAGUUCACAAUUGUCUUCAGUGAGAUUGACUUUUGUUUUUGUAAAACGGAAAAGUGCAAGCGAAGCAACCUUUCAACGACGACGGCAAUAAAGUUUCAGACACAAGGCAAAAAAAACAACUAACAAACAAAGAAUAAAAACUUUAUAUUAAAGAAAAGACAGUUUAAUUUAAUGCAAAAAAUAAGGUAAAAGUAUUUCAAAACGGAAGUACCAUUGAUCAACUGCACCGUGAUAUAAACUGAUUAUCUAUUAAAUUGUGAAUGUGUAAAUAAAGCGAAGCGUCAGAAGAAGAGAAAAAAAGCAGAACGAAAAAAGCACAUAAAUUCAAUCUCUGUAAGUUCUUCAAAGUUGUGUCGACAAAAACAUUUGCACCGUGACUACCAUCAUUUAAAGAACACGCCUAUAAUUGCAAUUAAUUUAAACGUUUUAAGUAAGUCUAAUUUGAUUUUGAACAAAGUGAGUGAGAAAGAAAGCGAGGAUAGAGUGAAAAAUAGUUUUCAUUGACUUCAAUAAAGUUGUAAUAAUAAUGGCUUAUGAAUCAACACCGCCGCGUGUUAAAACACGAUCUGCAUCAAUAAGUGCACCAACCAGCGGAAGCUUAGAAACUAUAUUAAAUCCAUCGUCAAACAAUGGAACCCCAGAAAUUGGAUACCAACGGCGAAGACCUGCGACACGCACGCAAAGUGCUCGCAUUACGGGCGCUCGUUCGGUACGAAGAAAAGUUGUACAUACACAGCAACAUAAUUUGCACGAGUCGAGGACGCAUUGUGCAAGCGAACCACGUUUGAAUGAAACAGAAACACCACCACAACGACGUCGAGCGUCCCAAAAAAGGCCCACUCAUACACAAAGUCAAAGGAAAUCAAAUGCUUAUUUAGAUGUACCAUCGGCUAAUUUCAAUCAUUUACAAAUUAGUGACAAUGAUGAUGAAGAUGUUGACAGAUUAAGAACUUUUAGCGCAUCAAAAGGAGGUGUUAUCAAUCGAGGUGAUUCAUUUCGUAGAAAGCGGUCGCGUAGCAAUAGUUUGGCAAAUAGUCCAAUGUCUCCAAACCCAUCGCCAUCAGUGUCAAAUCCAUCACGGUCAUUUGGUCCAGUCGAAUCAUUUCGUGUGCACAUGUUAGGUGGACCGGGCGUCGGUAAGACUGCUUUAAUUACACAAUUUAGCACAUCUGAUUGCAUCAAUGCCUACGAGGACACAGAAUCCACGGUGGAACAAAACGUAUCAGUCAUUUUAAAUGGCAUUGAAUCAGAGCUGAAAUUUGUCAUCGGUCAAAAAGGAACUAAGGAGGAAUAUAUGAAAGCCGAUGCAUUUAUUUUGGUAUAUUCAUGUGUGGAUAAGGCAUCGUACACCCGAGUUGAACAGUUACUGAUGACGUUUCAAGAUGCAGAUUUAAUUCGCACUCGCCCCGUUAUAAUUGUUGCAAAUAAAAUCGAUUUGGCACGUUCGAGAGCGGUCUCAUCGCAAGAUGGAAAAUGCUUAGCGUGUACAUAUCGUGCGAAAUUUGUUGAAGUAUCUGUGGGCAUUAAUCACAAUGUUGAUGAACUUCUUGCUGGAACCUUAACACAGAUUCGACUUAAAAAAGAGCAGAACGCAUUACAAAGUGGUCGAGAAAGUUCGCCAGCCCAUUGGUAUAAAAAUCGCAGCGUUGUUAAAGCCAGUAUGAAGGCACGCCAAAUGAUAACAUGGAUUUUAGGCAAAGAAGAUUCCAAAUUCAAAAACUGUGAAAAUCUUCAGGUUUUAUAAAAAUAAAAAUGAACAAUGCAUUAGAGAACAGAAGGAAUUCACGUCCAUUGAUGCAUAUUAUAAUGUGCGUCAUUAUUAUAUAUUCACGCAAUGCAAAUGACUGCAGUAAAUUGUGUUUACAUCGCAUUCGCAAUGUCAAUGGAUGAAAUAAAAAUCAAAAAGAAAAAAAUCGCUCAAAAAAUGUCGGUGUCUUCUUUAUAUUUGCAAACAAACCAGUUGAGUUGAAGAAAAAAAUAAAAUAAACAGAAACAAAAGAGAUGAUAUAUCAUAUCAACCAAUAUACAUAAAAAAUUCUACUUACAAAUCUUAAGUGCAAUUAUAUGCAUAAAAUAUACCAUCAAUGUAAACGUAUAAAAUAGCUAAAUGCAUUAAGCAAAAAAAACAUGUUUUUUGUUAGUAGUUUGUGCUAUUUGACAAAUAAUUUCUCUGUUAAAUCUGAUGUUUGACGGAAGUCUAACGUACACAAUCAUGUUAAAAUAGACCAAUAAAACAUACAAUACAAAUAUCAAAGAUCACUCACUUACAUAUUGCACUUUUUCAAUAUGAAUAUAAUUAUCUAGUCUUCGAUGCAGUUCACAUCAUGCACACCCACAAUUUUUUUUUUUUUUGUUUUUCCAUUUCUACCAGGCUUAACGUUAUUAACUCAAUCAGAAUACUGAGCAAAUAUUUUC